GCGAGGGACGCAGCUGCCGUCGCUUGGUAACGCCUGUGCCUGUCAAUCACAGUAAGGAGGAGCAAGAUGGCGGCUUGCAACUUGAAUGAUUUGCUGGGGCUCCAGAGCCCGCUGGAGGGCGCCCUGCAGGAGGCGGGUUCCCAGGAGGAGAAGGAGAGGCUGGUGCUGGAGUAUCUGGAGAAGGUGAAUGGACGGGCGGCCAGGCUCAGGGUGCCAGACUUCUCCCCAGGUUUGGAAUGGCUGAACACAGACGGCUCCAUUUCCCUGCACAGGGAUCUCAGCGGGAAGGUUGUGGUGUUGGAUUUUUUCACUUACUGCUGCAUCAACUGUAUCCAUAUCCUCCCUGACCUGCACGCCCUGGAGCACCAGUAUUCUGACACAGAUGGACUUGUCAUAAUCGGGGUGCAUUCAGCCAAGUUUCCCAAUGAGCGGGUUCUAGAUAACAUAAAGAGCGCUGUCCUAAGAUACAACAUCACCCAUCCAGUGGUGAACGAUGCUGAUGCCACCUUAUGGCAGGAGCUGCAGGUGUCGUGCUGGCCCACCCUCGUCCUGCUGGGCCCUCAGGGAAACCUCCUGUUCUCUCUGGUUGGAGAAGGACACAAGGACAACUUGUUCCUCUUCACUUCUAUGGCUUUAAAAUUCUACAAGGAAAGACUUGAGAUAAAGGAGGACAGGAUUCCCCUGCGACUGUACAAGGAUUCGCUGCCUCCAUCACCGCUGUUUUUUCCCGGUAAGGUGGUCGUUGAUGCAUCAGGUGACACUCUAGUGAUCUCUGAUACCGGACACCACAGAGUCCUGGUUGUGUCCAAGAACGGACGAAUCCUUCACACCAUUGGCGGUCGUGGUAGUGGCUGGAUGGAUGGAGGCUUCUCAGAAUGCUUAUUUAAUUCCCCUCAAGGUUUGGCUAUACAAGGAAAGACCAUCUACGUGGCUGAUACAGAGAACCAUCUCAUCAGGAAGGUUUCUCUGGACACAUUAACCGUGAGCACUGUGGCGGGGACCGGCAUUCAGGGUGUAGACAAGGAGGGCGGAGCUCUGGGAGGACGGCAGCCAAUCAGCUCACCCUGGGAUGUGGCAUUUGGCGCUCCAGGGGUGCUGUGGAUCGCUAUGGCCGGGACCCAUCAGAUCUGGGCUCUGUUGUUAGAGGAGGGGACGUUACCCAAGGGCAGCCUUCUUCCUGGAGGAACCUGCAUUCGGUUUGCUGGGAGCGGUAAUGAGGAAAAUCGGAACAAUUCAUACCCGCAUAAAGCAGCAUUUGCUCAACCCUCUGGACUGGACGUCUGCAGUGGUGAUCCCUGGAACUGCCUGUUUGUGGCCGAUAGUGAGAGCAGCUCCAUCCGAAGUGUUUCCCUAAAAGAUGGAGCGGUGAAACACGUUGUGGGAGGAGAACGUGAUCCUAUGAACCUCUUUGCGUUUGGUGAUAUUGAUGGGACAGGAAUUAAUGCCAAGCUUCAGCAUCCUCUGGGGGUAUCCUGGUGCCAUAAGGGAGGGAUCUUGUAUGUGGCAGAUUCAUAUAAUCACAAGGUCAAAACCGUGGAUCCGAAGUCCAAGAGCUGCAUCACCCUGGCAGGCACAGGGCAGGCUGGGAAUGCACCAGGUCCGAGCUUUACUGAGACGUCAUUCAAUGAACCGGGAGGCCUGUGCGUCACGGAGGACGGGCGCCUGCUGUACGUUGCGGACACCAAUAAUCACCAGAUAAAAGUCCUGGAUCUGGAAACCAAAAUGGUGUCUGUGCUUCCACUGUUCUCUGCGGAUUCGGCCGAUGUCGUGGACAGCGCACUGCAACCGUUACGGAUCAACAACCCAAAGCUGCCGAAAUCUGCUCCUAAGGUCAGGCUGGACCCCUUACCUGUGUCUCCCGGCCAAACCCUAUACUACUCGAUGGACCUCAAACUUCCUGCGGGGGCAAAACUGACCGAGGGAGCCCCCAGCUUCUGGUUCCUGUUCACAGAAGGUCACGACUGGCUUCUAGAUGGACAGAAAACCUACGGUGAGAUCAGGAAUCUGACUAAACCCAUCCAGAUAGAGGUGACGCUUCCCCUGCAGUUCGCCAGCACCGAUCCUGAGCUGCACGUCGGCGUCUGUGUGUAUUACUGCAACGAGAGCACCUUGUGUAUGAUGAAAUCCGUGUCCUUCUCGCAGCUGCUGCAUGGUACUACCGGAGACACAAGCAGCAGCAGCCUUCCACUACUUCUCUCCUAUGUCUUCUAACAACCUGAGUGCACAUGGGAUCUGAGGGGGACCCUAUACCGAGCGACCUAGUGGUAGCGCUGCCCUAACUACCUGAGUUGCUGUAAGGCAGCGUUUUUCAAACCGCGUGUUUCCAGCUGUUGCAAAACUACAACUCCCAGCAUGCCCGGACAGCCUUUGGCUGUCCGGGCAUGCUGGGAGUUGUAGUUUUGCAACAGCUGGAGACACACUGUUUGGGAAAACACUGCUGAAUGGGGGCUUCACAAAUAAUCCAGUGAUUGUAUGUGCAAUUGGAUCCUUAAAGGGGUUUACCGCUGCUAGACAUAGGGUAUAAGAUGUCUGAUUGCGGGGGUCCGGCACGAUUUCCCCCAGCACCCGCCGUUCUAAACAAAUGCCAGGUUCCUGUAGCAGUGGUGGUGAUGUCAUGGCCACACCCCCUUUGACAUCACACCAUGCCCCCUCCAUUCAUGUCUGUAGGAGGGGGGGCAUAUUGCACGACACCCCCCCCCCUCUCAUAGACAUGAAUGGAGGGGGGCAUUGUGUGACGUCAAGAUCGCCGCUGCCGGCUCAGAGCAUUCUGAACAAAAUGUUCAGAACGCUGGAGCACCGGCGUACCCCUUUAAACCAGUGCCAAACUACCUGCCCCUGUAUGGCCACCCUUAGUUCUAAUCUGUCAGGUUGUUGAAAUUCUGUAUAUGGGUACGUUCACACAUGAAGUUCCACUGUCAUUCACUUUAACGGAUUCCUGGAUAAUCUGCACUAAUUACAAAUACGAAGCCGUUGAAGUGAAUGGUAACGAAACUUGCAGGGGGGGGGGGGGGAAACCCAUAGGGGAACGUACCCAUAGACUACCCAUAGAUUAAAGCCUUGUUCACGUCGCUGAAUCUGGCCAAAAAAUAUUUCUAUUGCAACAGAGUUCUAUUUUUUUCAAUGGGAUUCUGCUGCACGUGCUUAGGGUGCGUUCACACUGCGCAAUUCCCUCAGAAUUACACGCUGUGAACAUAAACAUCAGUGUCGAUGGGUUUCCGCGAGACCCGUUCACACUGAGAAAUUUCAGCGGCGGACAAUUCCGCCGCUGAAAUUGUUCCGCGUAGAGAAUGGACGCAUUUCAUUCUUAGUGCAGAAUUCCGCGAGCACUGCAUAGCCGUCAAUGGUGACAGCGCAGUUCCGCGGGGUCAUACCGCCGGCGGCGGCUGCCAGGCUGGAUCUCCACUCGCUGAAUUCCACGAGCGGAGAUUCAGCGUGCAUUCCGCAGUGUGAACGCACCAUAACGGCGGAAUUUCCGCUGAGGAAACAUCUGCUGCGGAAAUUCCAAUUCCAGUGCCGCUCGCUAUCUGCGGAAUGUCCGAUGUGUAAGCAUAGCCUAAAAGUGACAUUACGGGGGCAGUCAGCUGCCUGACAUGUGUGCCAAUCAAGUAGUUGGGCACUUUGGUAACCUAUAGGUGAAAUAUGUUUGGUGAUGGCCGUAAUAGCCACCUAUACUGUUCAUGCAGGAUGCACCACUCUUUCCCAGUGUCCUGAAUGGGAGCUUUGCCUUAUUAUGCACUGAUACCUUCCUCACUCGUACUCUGCAGUGAAUCUUCCCAAUUACCCAGCCGUCUUUAAGGGGUAACCCCAGAAUUGAGACUGGGUUCACUGUACGAAAUUGCGCUUUUGAAAUUUCCUCUCGGAAAUUCCGCCACAGCAGAGUCCCAUUGCCGUUAAUGGGAUUUCGCUGCACAGUGCACGUGACGACGUCGGCAAAGAAAUUCCGGAAUGCAUUUCCUUUUAUGGGGACGGCAAUGUCCACAUUGUCCGUAGUGUGAACAAAGCCUGAAAGUUCUAUCCCCUAUCCAAAGGAUAGAAGAUAUAACUAGCUAGGACCCCCGCCCAUUACAAUACUGUGCCUUGCAAAAGUAUUCACCCCACUUGACUUCUUCGCGGGGUGUGAUGUCGUGAGGGGGCGGGGCUAUGACAUCACGAGCUCCAGCGUUCGGAACAGUUUGUACCAAACGCUGAGGAGCAGAGUACCCACUUUAAGUCUGACCACAGAUUUUCGAUUGAAUUGAAAUCUGGGCUGUGACUAGGCCAUUCUAACACAUUCACAUGUUUCCCCUUAAAGGGUUACUCCGGUGGAGUACUGGUGCCAGAAAGUUAAACCGAUUUUAAAUGACUUCUAUUAAAAAAAUAUUUCCCCUUCCAGUACUUUUUAGCAGCUGUAUGCUACAGAGAAAAUUCUUUGCUUUUUGAAUUUCUUUUUUGUCUUGUCCACAGUGCUCUCUGCUGACACCUCUGUCCAUGUCAGGAACUGUCCAGAGCAGGAGAAAAUCCCCAUAGCAAACCUAUGCUGCUCUGAACAAUUCCUG